UUUGUAGCACUAGAGCGAAAGAUUUCAAUGAGACAGAGCAGAGAGGAGCUCAUUAAAAGAGGAGUCUUAAAAGAAAUCUACGACAAAGAUGGUGAUUUACAGAAUGAAGAAGGAAUGAUGGAAAAUGGUCAACCAAUUGGAACAGGUUCAUCCUCCCUACCAGUUAUAACAGAGCUGGAAUCGGGUACAGUGUCAGGGGAUACAUGUGCAUAUGAAGUUCUUCCAACCUCUGAACUCAUGGAUGGGACAGUGUCUGAAGAUCUCCCAUCAGAGCCAGGAUCCCUGUCCCAGGAUCUAUCAUACAAGCCAACCCUGCUACUACCCCCCAAAAAAUCUGCUGUUUUCCCUGUAGACCAUGAGGACUGCCCAGUGAAACCGUUAUCUCUCCUCAAGCAGCCCCCUGCCCUGCCUCCUAAACCUAUUUCCAGAAUUGCCAAUCAUAUAGCAGACUCCGGAGCACCUGUGAAACUGCCUUGUAUGCCGGGGAAGAUGUCUCCUCCACUACCUCCAAAGAAAGUUAUGAUAUGCAUGCCAUUAGGAGCAGAUUACCCCCACUCCUAUAGCAAUCAGAAAAGCUCUCAGCAUCAUCACACUAUCCUGCCAUCCCAGUUAGCUGUUCACCAGCACCAGCUUCAGUAUGGGAGCCAGCACCUGUCAACUGGAUCCAGCUCAGUGCCCAUUCAUCCAUCAUUACCCCCCGGAUGUAGGGUAAUAGAGGAAUUGAACAAGACACUUGCCAUGACCAUGCAAAGGUUGGAAAGCUCGGGUUUGCAUGGAGGAGAUGGCAUGUCAAAAGUAGGACUCUGUGGAUAUUCCGACAUGAGACAAGUGCCAACCGUUGUUAUUGAAUGUGAAGAUGACAAGGAAAACGUGCCUCAUGAAUCAAACUAUGAUGACUCUUCCUGCCUCUACUCCAGAGAUGAUGACGAUGAUGACGAUGACGAUACAGAUGAAGAUGAUGACAGCUCAUUAUACACAAACUCUUUGGCAUUAAAGGUCCUCAGGAAGGAUUCACUGGCGAUUAAGUUAAGCAACAGACCCUCCAAGAGAGAGUUGGAAGAGAAGAAUAUCCUCCCCAUGCAGACGGAUGAGGAAAGGCUGGAACUCCGGCAACAGAUUGGGACUAAACUUACAAGGCGAUUGAGCCAAAGGCCAACAGCUGAAGAGUUGGAGCAAAGAAAUAUUUUGAAACCCCGUAAUGAACAGGAAGAGCAAGAGGAAAAAAGAGAGAUAAAGAGGAGGCUAACACGCAAGCUCAGUCAGAGGCCAACAGUCGAGGAGCUACGUGAGAAGAAGAUCCUGAUACGUUUCAGUGAUUAUGUGGAGGUAGCAGAUGCACAGGACUACGACAGGAGGGCGGAUAAGCCGUGGACUCGUCUCACAGCCGCUGACAAAGCAGCCAUACGAAAAGAGCUGAAUGAAUUUAAAAGUACAGAAAUGGAAGUUCAUGAAUUAAGUAGGCAUUUAACAAGGUUUGUACUUUUUAAUGCAUCAAUAAUAGAUACAAAUGACAGGAGCAAGUUUCAGCAGCAUGGUACAUAG